AUGCUCAAGAGAUCUGCAAAAAUCUCAGAAUUUACCCAUCACUCGUUCGUCAACUUCUCCAUGAAUCGCCAAAUCUCGUUACCAAUCAAGACUCUUUCGGUUUGGCGCGGACCCUCAGCUGUCAACUUUAUAGUGGAAUUUAAUCCCAUUCUCUUUCUUUUUUCUUUCUUGCUUUCUUUUUUUGUUUUCAUUUUUUUUCUUUCUUUCUUACGUCUUUUCCUUUCUUUCUUUUUCGUUUUUUUCUUUCUUUUUCGUCUCUUCUUUCUUUUCAUUUUUUCUUUCUUUUUUCGUCUUUUCUUUCUUUUUCGUUUUUCUUUGUUUUUCUUGCUAUCUUUUUUUUCGCUUUUAUAUGCGCCAUUUUUCUUUUUAUACGGUGAUCCUAUUUUUCAUUACUUGCUUCUUUGUCGCUUUUAUUUCAUUUCUUUCUUUGUUUAUUUCUUUUUUCUGAACUACGUUUGUUUCUUUCAUUUUGCAAUGUCCUUCUAUCUUUUCAAAUUUUUUCUUGCUGUCUUUCUUUCUUUCUAA